AGAAAGGGGACCGCGCCAAGCCAUCAGUGGAGGGAAACAGUGGCCGCCCGCCGCCUUUCUGCGCCCAGACAAAUGGAUUCGACACUUCACUUGACCAAAAGGACAGAGACAACCAAUGGAAGCCUCGUUGGCGGCCGUCAUUGGAUUUGUCCAGAGGCCGAGGCAGCUUGGAGUCUGAUUGGUGAAUUGCUCCAACUGCCAGCUGAGCACGGCUGGGGAAGGGAAGUGCUGGAUGCCGCUUGUGUUGAAGUUGCUCUUCCUUGUCCUGUCUCUUUCUUAUCUUAUCGCUGCCUCCUGUCCCGUCGCCGCUGAAAUUUUGAGUUGCACACCCCACUGGACAGUUGGAUUGACUGCAGAGGAGACCCCAGAAUUCCAGGCGGUUUCGAGGUAUCAAUAUUUCCAUUUUCUUAUCUGCCUCGAACCUCCGCCGACUCGUUUGAUUUCUUCGAGUCGUCAACCCAACAACACAGGCACAACACACCACCAUACACACCCAAAAUGCCCGUCCUAAAACCCUUGUCGGGCAAUCCCGAAGCCCCCAAGCAAUACAACCAACCGUCGAGAAAGGGCAAGAAGGCGUGGAGGAAGAAUGUCGACGUUACAGAGGUCGAGCAGGGUCUCGAUGAGUUGAACGCCCAGAUCAUCAAGGGUGGUGUCAUUGCCGAGAAGACCUCCGAAGAACUCUUCGCCAUCGACGUCAAGCCCGACACCGAAAUCACCAAGAAGCUCCCCAAGCAGCUCAAGAAGCCCUUGAAGGCCGACGAGAUCCUCGCCCAGCGCUCCGCCGUUUCUGCCGUCUCCCUCAAGAAGCGCCCGGCUUCUGAAACUUCCGGCAAGGUCACCGACGGCGUCCUGCCCUCCAAGCGCCUGCGGGCCACCUACGUCACCCAAAAGGAACUCAGCCGCCUGAAGCGCGUCGCCGACGGCCACCACACCACCACGGUCGAAGUCGUCGACGCUACCUUUGACGCCUGGGCCGACCCGGAGGAAGAGCAGAAGAAGCAGCAGCAGGCCGCGGAAACGUUCAACUUUUUGCCCAAGGUCGAGAAGCCCAAGGCGCCCAAGACGCUCACACAACAACCCAUCUCCCUCGCCGCCACCGGCAAGCAGCUCCCCGCCGUUCCCAAGCCCAAGGGCGACAAGUCGUACAACCCCGCCUUCACCGACUACUCGGAGCGCUACCAGGAGGAGCUGCGCAAGGCCGAGGAGGCCGAGCGGAAGCGGCUGGAGGAACUCGAGAAGGAGCGUCUCAAGGCCGAAGCGGCCGCCAAGUCGCGCGCCGAGGCCGAGGCCGCCGAGAAGCGCGCCGAGCUGUCGGAGUGGGAGGAUGAUUCCGCCUGGGAAGGGGCCGAGAGCGACGCGGAAGGGUUGGCCAACAAGAAGAAGCGGCCGGAGCGCAAGACGCAAGCGCAGCGCAACAAGAUCAAGCGCCGCAAGGCCGAGGAGCAGCGUCUGAAGCACGAGGCGGCCAUCAAGAAGAGGGAGGCCGAGGCCGCGCGGGUCAAGCAGAUUGCCAAGGAACUGGCCGAGAAGGAGAGGCAGCUUGCUCUCCAAAAAGCCGAAUCCAACAAUGUCGAAGAGGACGAUGCUAGCAUUGAAGAGGAUGACGACGUCGAGCUGCGCCGUAGGCAACUAGGCAAGUUCAAGUUGCCCGAGAAGGAUCUGGAGCUGGUCUUGCCGGAUGAGCUGCAGGAUUCGCUGAGACUGCUCAAGCCGGAGGGUAAUCUGUUGAAAGACAGGUACAGGAAUAUGUUGCUUAGAGGCAAGGUGGAGGCGAGGAGGCACAUUCCCUUCAAAAAGCAGGCCAAGACAAAGGUUACGGAGAAGUGGACUUUCAAGGAUUUCAAUCUGGCUUAAAGCGGCUCGGAUGGGUUCAAGUAUUGGGGCUUUACGGACAUAUACAUAUCCGGAUUUGUUUGGUAAUCGUUCUGUUCCUUUUUUUUCUCUUGCAAAAUAUUCCCUUUCGGUUUUUAGUUCGUAUAUGGUUAAAUUGGCGUUUUACGGUUCUCUCAAGAUGAUCUUCAGUGCAAUAAACGGUUAGAACAUACAAAGUGGUCCUGCGCUCGCGCCUUUG